AUGGCGGAGGAGCCGCUGGAUGUGAACUUGGCGCGCAUGCGCGAGUGGCUGAAGGAGCGGCAGAUGAUCCGCGACGACUGGCGCGCGUCCCUCCAGGCCAUCCAAGACAAGGUGGGGAGAGCGCUGGAAGGGCUGCCGGAGAACGAGGCGCUGGCGGAGGUGAAGGAGGGGAUAAACGUCAAGGAGGUGAACUACCUGCUGUGCCGGAAGCUGCGGGACAUCCUCACGUCAGACAAAGACACCUCGCAGAAGAACUGGCUUGGACAGUACAAGAACCAGGCGACCAAAGAAUGGGAGACCAUCCUCUCCCUCUACCACAAGGACAACGUGCACCUUGCCGAAGCCGCGCAGGUGCUGGCGCAGAACGUUCAGUUCGAGAUCCCUGCGAUCCAGAAGAUGAUCCAGCAAUGCACAAGACAACAGCAAGAGCUCCAUAGAAAGGAAAACGAAUACAAGCGGGGUGCGGGAGAAUACAAGGCGAGGUUCGAAGCUGAGUGCCUCAAACUUGGAAUCGAGGGCGGCAAUCUGAUGAAAGAACUGCUGAAGCGAUCAGAAGAGCUUCCAAAGCUCUAUCUGGAGAUGAUUGAGACAGCAAAAUCAGAUGAAAUUCGGAGAGCUUGUGAGCUGUAUGUUUGCUACGUGAGAUACAUCACAGAGAAGGAUUCGGAACUGAAAGAUCUGCUGCCAUCUUUGAGCAAAAUCACACAAGAACCUCUUCCGUCGCUACAACAGAUGGAGAGCAUCGCCUUUGCCGAGGACGCAGUGACGUUGGAGGACAUGCAGAGCCUUGUGAAUGACGUCGAGCCUUCUGCCGUUGCUGAGAUCGACUGGGGUGACUUGGACGUUGGGCAACAGCAGGAAGAGACUGGCGGCAUCGACUGGGGUGAGCCUGAACAAGCAGCUGGAGACGGAGGAAUCGAUUGGGGGGACUCGGAGGCUGUUCAAGGAGACGUCGAGCAAGCAGCAGAGAUUGACUGGGGAGAGAUUGCGGACAUGGCUGACAUCACUGUUGAGGAAGACUGUGCGGUUGGAGCGGCGAUGGAGGAUCUAACGGGAGUCCCGUUCUGUUUGAUCAGAAAGAAGAUGAGAUGGCUCCCGGAGAGAUUUUCAAGACCAACACCUCAAGAAGGUGAUGCUUUCAUCUACUGCAUGCUCUCGUGUUUGACGUUGAGAAGCAAACUACUCAACGACAUCAUGGAGAUCCACACGUUUGUCCGAGCUCGGAUCUCUGAACUUCAAUCUUCCGAGUACAUUGCGGUCGUAGAUGAGAAGAGACCAGCUGAGCUCGACAAGGAGACCGAGAGCUUUUUGCAAUCGUGCUCCAAGAGAUUCCGUGAGAGGCUCGUCUCGUCACUCGAGAUGCGGAGAAGCAACGCCUGCAAGCUGGAAGCUUGCAUUGAAGAUUGCCAAAGGAAACGACAGGAGCUUGGUGAGACCAUAAGAGAAUUGCAGCCCAAGUUGUCUGCCUUGAUACAGAACACUCGCAGUAUGCAGCGAGGAACGGAAGCGGUGCUGAUGAUUAUGACAGACUUGUUGAAAAGGCCGGUGAACAUAGUCGGAGACAUCAACAUGGUACUGCGCGAAGGAUAA